UUGACUCGAAAAAUCACAAGCUUGCCGAGGAAGGCUUUCUUUAAGUUUAAUUCGCUGCUGUCUUCCUUGGUUGCUGGCCUACCUGUUGUCCCUUUCAUCACUUCUUUAGUCAUUUAAAACACCUGUAGUACUGUGGUGGAGAGUACUGGCGCAAGCGGGCGAAGACGAUGGAGAAAAGUACUUGUAUCUUGCUGCUGGUGGUGUUGGUGGGUUGUGGGGUUGCAGCAGGCAAGCCAGAUUCUCCAAUCGUAGACGAUGGGCACAUGUUCAGUGGCAGUCCGGUUCACCAGAAGGGCAUUUGCGCCAUGUACGAUAUUUGUGGUGCCAGAGAAGACGGGAAGCAACUAAACUGUCCAAAGAAUCACCCGGCGGUUGAGCCAAGUCCAGAAUUCUCCUACAAGGUCCAGGGGCUGUGUCCAGCCCUCACAGGGGACCUUUGCUGCUCUGAAGCGCAGUUCAAUGUGCUUCUGAACCAGAUCAAGCAGGCAGUCACCUUUCUGGCUGGUUGUCCUGCCUGCCUCCGCAACUUUCUCAACUUCUUCUGCGAGCUGGCGUGCUCUCCUGACCAGAGCCUCUUUGUCAACGUCACCGAAACUGCGCCGGCCUUCUCCACAAACCGGACCAGCGUUGCAGCAAUCGACUUCUUCGUGUCCGACGAUGUCGGCACUCGUAUGUACAACUCCUGUGCUGACGUCAAGUUUGCAGCGAUGAACACGCGGGCCAUGGAUUUUAUCGGUGGAGGGGCCACGGACUACCAUGAAUGGUUCGCUUUUCUUGGGAACAAGGCGGACCUGUACCUGCCCGGCUCGCCUUUCGCCAUCACAUUUCCAGACGAUCCUCCCCCUCACUCCGGUCUGACGGCGCUCGACAUGCCCGUCAUUGCCUGCUCCGAUCCUGCGUUUGCCUGCUCGUGCGGCGACUGCCCGUCCGCUGAUGGAUGUGCUCCGCCGGAACCGUCCGGAGGUAACGAGACUAGGCACGGGUGCGAGGUGCAGCUACUUGGGCAGAAGUUCGCCUGCCUCGACGUCGGUCUUGCCGUCGCUUUCCUCGCCUACCUAGUUCUCGUGGCAGUCAUCUGGGCAUCCAUGUUGCGGAGGCCCGCCAGACAAAGCGUUGAGGAGCCGUUGCUUGCUCACGGGGGAGACGGCCCGACUGCUUCAGAGAGGGGACUUCAACCCCCUCAAGUGGAGACCCCACCGUCUCGACGAAAGCUUGACGAAGAAACGGAGGACUUGCCGGAGGCCAGCUUUAUGCACACGUGGUAUAGGUGGCAAGGGGAGUGGAUCGCCGAGCGACCAGUGCUCGUCCUGUGCGUUGCCACGCUCGUGUGCCUCGCCCUCAUUGCGGGCAUGCUCAGAUUCUCCGUCGAGACGCGGCCGGAAAAGCUUUGGGUGCGGCCUGAUAGCCUCGCUGCCCAACAGAAGGCCUUCUACGACGAGCAUCUAGGGCCAUUCUAUCGGAUCGAACAACUUAUACUGGCCACCUCUCCAUCCGAAGACGGGGCUCCCGCACCAAGUAUUGUGACUGAGGACAACAUCGCGCUCCUGUUUCGCAUCCAUGAGGAGGUUGACGCUGUGACGGCGAACGACGGGGGGGCUGACGUCAGGCUGACGGACAUUUGCUUCAAGCCGAUGGGCGAGGCGUGCGCGACGCAGAGCGUGCUCCAGUACUGGAAGAUGGACCAAGACAACCUGGACAUGUACGGGGGCGUGGAGCACGCGGAGUUCUGCUUUGAGCACUACUCCUCGUCAGCGCCGUGCUUGAGCGCCUUCAAGGCGCCCAUGGACCCCCACGUGGUCCUCGGCGGCUUCCCGGGCAACAACUACUCCGAUGCCACGGCUUUCGUUAUCACCUUCCCGGUUGUCAACUCGGUCAACUCGUCGAGCGAGCAGAUUCAGGCAGCGCAGGCCUGGGAGGCUGCCUUUGUCAACCUCACGGAGUCCAAGCUGGUGAAGCUGGCGGCCGACGCGGGCCUCACGCUGGCCUACUCUUCCGAAAGCUCCAUCGAAGCGGAGCUGACUCGGGAGAGCACCGCCGACAUUGUUACCGUCGUGUUGAGCUACCUCGUCAUGUUUGUGUACAUCUCCUUCACGCUGGGCGACCGCGCCCCGGGCGUCGCCCCUUUCUACGUGACCUCCAAGGUCGUGUUGGGCUUGAGCGGUGUCCUCAUCGUGGUGGCGUCAGUACUGGGCGCCGUGGGCCUGUGCAGCGCACUCGGCGUCAAGUCCACCCUCAUCAUCGUCGAAGUCAUCCCCUUCCUCGUACUGGCGGUCGGAGUAGAUAACAUGUGCAUUCUGGUGCACGCCCUGAAGCGCCAGCCUUUGGAUCUUCCCCUAGAGAAGCGCGCCGGGGGUGCGCUUGCCGAGGCGGGGCCUUCCAUUACUUUGGCCAGUCUGGCGGAGGUCAUGGCGUUCGGAGUCGGGACGCUGACGCCCAUGCCGGCCUGCCAGGUCUUCUCGCUCUUUGCGGCGCUGGCGGUGUUUCUGGACUUUUUGCUCCAGGUGACGGCCUUUGUCGCCCUGGUUACGCUCGACUUCCGGCGAGCCGAGAGCGGCCGCGUCGACUGCCUGCCCUGCUUACGCAUGGCGGGCAGGGAAGUGGCCACGGUGGAAGAGGCGCGGCCGCGGAGCCUGCUGGAGCGAUACAUGGAGGACUUCCACGCCCCUGUGCUGAGCCUUCCCGCCGUCAAGGCCGCCGUUCUAGUAUUUUUCGGUGCGCUGCUGUUCACCUCUAUCGGCCUGGCCUCGCGCAUUUCCCCGGGGCUCGAGCAGCAAGUGGCGCUGCCGAGAGAUUCAUAUCUGCAGGGCUACUUCAGCAACAUCACGGAGUAUCUGCGUGUUGGCCCGCCCAUGUUCCUAAUUGUCGAGGACUACAACUUCAGCACUGCCAGCAACCAGACCAACCGGCUUUGUUCCGUCAGCGGCUGUGAUGCUGACUCGCUGCUCAACGAAGUGACCCGCGCGUCCCUCGAUCCAACCGCCACAUUCAUUGCGCGGCCCGCAGCGUCGUGGCUGGACGACUUUCUGACGUGGCUCUCCCCGAACGCGUUCGGCUGCUGCCGCCAGUUUUCGGACGGGGACUACUGCCCGCCGGACGACCAGCCGCCGUGCUGUCCGGAAGGAGCGUUCGACUGCACGCAGUACACUGUGUGCGCAAACUGCACUACGUGCUUCAUUCCGGCGGAUCUCACCGACGGCCGCCCCACCGACGCCGCUUUCCGCGAGAAGCUCCCCUGGUUCCUUGCGGCUGUGCCCUCCGCCGACUGCGCCAAAGGCGGCCACGGGGCCUACAGCCACAGCCUUGACGUCACGGGGCUCGAAGAUGACGUCAUCCGGGCGUCCGAGUUCCGCACGUACCACACGCCGAUGCGGACGCAGACAGACUUCGUCGAGGCGCUGCGGGCGGCGCGCGAGUUUGUGGACAGGGCGUCGGAAAAGCUCAAGGUCAAGGUCUUCGCGUACUCCGUCUUCUACAUCUUCUUCGAGCAGUACCUGGACAUCAUGCGGACCGCCGUGACCAGCCUCGCACUUGCCACAGCUGCCGUGUUUCUGGUGUGCUGGCUCAUCACCCUCAGCCUUUGGACGUCAACGGUCAUCAUCGGCGUUCUUGCCGCAAUCGUCGUCGACUUAAUGGGGCUGAUGUAUCUGUGGGGCAUCCAGCUGAACGCCAUCUCCGUGGUAAACCUGGUCAUGUCCAUCGGGAUCGGCGUCGAGUUCUGUGUACAUAUCACGCACGCAUUCGCAGGCGCAUACGGCACGCGGCAAGAAAGGGCGACGCACGCGCUUAUGACGAUGGGGUCUUCGGUCUUCAGCGGCAUCACGCUGACCAAGUUUGCGGGAGUGCUCGUCCUCCUCUUUGCGAGGUCUGAGAUCUUUGUGAUCUACUACUUCCGCAUGUACUUCGGUCUGGUAAUUCUGGGGGCCUUACACGGCCUCGUCUUCCUUCCGGUCGUGUUGAGCAUAUGUGGGCCGCCCAACACUGCUCUCGAUACGUGCGUGAAGACCUUCCGACAAGCCCUCCUUCCGCCUCCCGUCCUUUCUUUGGAGUAGGCAAUUGAUACCUUGAGGCACAGGAUGCGGGCCAGAAUGUUGUACACUGAAAAUACUGUUGGGCGAUUGUAGAGGAAGGUCGAUUGUUCUGAUAUCGAGACUUUGUAACAUACUGUGAGGCCACAAGAUUGUGGUCCUUUUUGCGGUUGAGGUAGUCGAGAUAAGCGCGGACUAUAUAGCUGGUUUGAGGCAUCGGCUUGAGGACCUGCGGCACUAGUUGUAAAGGAGAUUCAAGUCGACAAGAUCAGAUUUCGACUUGUGCGCUUCCAGUUCCGUUGCGAACUCGUAGCAUCACGGGGCACUUGAUUCGUGUACUUUCGAUCAGUAUAAUAAACGUUUCGAUGAGCCCUCGCAAUUGUAGAAUCGGAGU